ACAUCGUUUCAAAUCAUGCACAUGACCCCCAACUGACAACUCCACUUCUUCUCUUUACAGUUUAAAAACUCCACUUUACACCUUAACAUCACAACUCACCCCAAAAACAAACAAACAAACAAACAACUCUUAAUUCUCUCUCCUCCGACCACCGGCAACCGUCAAAUGCCACCGGAUAACCAAGCCCUACCACAACCACCACCACAACCACCAUCAUAAAACACAUCUAAUAUAAAUAUAACAUUACUACAUUUUCUCUCUCCUCCAUUAAUGGCGCCAAAACAUCCAUCAUCGGCGACAACAUCACGUGACCUCCGCCACCGUAUCCUCACGUGCAUGACCAAACUCUCCGACAGAGACACACUCUCUCAAGCAGUGUCUGAGCUAGAGUCAAUCAUCCCGACACUUACCUCCGACACAUUCUCUCUCUUCAUUAACUCUCUCUCCUCCACGUCAUCCGCCGACAGGUCCACUGUACGUGUAUCCUCCUUAAAACUCCUCGCUUCUCUCUCCUCCUUUCAUGGCGCCACUCUCUCUCCUCACCUCCCUAAACUCAUCUCCGCCGUCGUCCGCCGCCUCCGCGACACUGACUCCGCCGUAAGAUCUUCCGCCGCCGUAACAACCGGCUCUUUCGCCUGCCACGUCAGCCACUCUCUCUCCUCAAUUUUCCGACCGUUGGCUGAUUCUCUCUCCUCCGAGCAGGACUGCUCCGCUCAAUCGGCGGCUGCCAUGUGUCUUUCCGCUGCUAUUGAGUCUUCGCCGGCGCCGGAGACUUCGCAGAUUGUGAAGUGUUUGCCGAAGUGGAUGAAGUUGGUGAAGUGUGACGGGUUCAAGGCGAAAUCUGCGUUGAUUUUGUUGAUGAAGAGUUCGAUUAGGGUUUGUGAGAUUGGGAAUUGUAAUUUGUUAAGGGAUUUAGUGAAUUGUUUGGUUGAGUUUUUGAAGUCGGAUGAUUGGGCGGCUAGGAAAGCUGCUGCUGAUGCGUUGAAGGAAAUUGCUGUUGUGGAGAGAGAGAAUUUGUCCGAGAUGAAGGUUUCUUGCUUGAAAAUUAUCGAAUCCAGAAAAUUCGAUAAGGUGAAAGCAGUUAGAGAAGCGAUGAAUCAGACAUUGGAGGUUUGGAAGGAGAUUCCUGAUGUUUUUGAUGAUGGAUCACCACCUCCUCAUUCUCAAGAAUCUUCCAGAGAAAAUACAAGUGAUGGAAGAUUCCCUGCCAGAUCUAAAAUCUCCAGUGCAGGUGAUUCUAACACUCCUCAAACAAGCAGGAAACGUGUUCCUUUUAGGAGGUCGUCAUCCCCGUCUGACAGUGCUUUGAAAACCACGGCUAGAAAUAGAGGGUCUAAUGUAGCAGAGAAAAGGUCAAGCCCAACGGGUUUCAGGAAGCUAGAUUCCAAGAAGCCUUCUGGUACAAAUGGUGAUGCUACUGAUCUGCAUGGAUCGUCUGUAACACCAGUAUAUGGAGAAAAUUCAGUGGAAGAUGAUGAAGGUGUUCUCCAAAGAGAUGAAGUUAGACCAUCAAAGCAAGAAACCAAGCGAGGUCUAUUUAUGAAGAAUCCCGGUUCACGUGUAGUGCCAUAUCCUGAGGAUGAUUCUGAAGCUACUGUAGCCAUCAGCAAUAUGCCUGCUGAUAUAUGUAGACACCAUAAAGACUUUGAAGAUCUUGCUCAAAUCCGUAAGCAGCUCGUUCAAAUUGAAAACCAACAGUCCAGCUUGAUGGAUGUCCUUCAGAAAUUCAUUGGAAGCUCACAGAACGGUAUGCAAACUCUUGAGACACGUGUGCAUGGCUUAGAGCUAGCUCUGGAUGAUAUAUCCUACGACUUGGCUGUGUCCAAUGCAAGGAUGUCCUCUGCCGAGGCCACAAGGAGCUCAUGUUGCUUGCUGCCUGGUCCAGACUUUUUAAGCUCUAAGUUUUGGAAGAGACCUGAUGGUCGUUGCUCCACCUCGCGGUUCUCUUUCUCUGGCACGACUCCUUUAGUUUCAGCUAUGCGCAAUACAGCUGAUAAGAGACCUGAUUCAGUUGGACUCGAGAACCGGAGAUUUAGCCUCCGAGGUCCAGGUGGAGUUAUCAUGAAUCCAUUGGCUGUUAUUCCUGGUGAUUCAAGGGGAGCUUCAGAAGUAGUAUCAACUAGCAGAGUAUAUAGGAGCGGACGUAAUGUUGCUUGACAGUUGACAUGAUGGAUGCUCAUCAGUGAUCCAUUUGCUUAUCAUGAUGAGCAGAAGAACAUGGACUCGGUACUCUUGACACCAAGGAAGAAUAGCUGAUUCGUACAAGUUAGUUAUAUUAUCAAUCUCCCGCCUCUUCUGUGUUUUUCCCAAAGUAUCUCUAAAAGUGAAUUCACCAGCAAAGUUAAACUACCACAGACGCUAUUUUUGGCUUUUUGCGAUACGAUUAUUGGAAUGUGACAAUGUGUUUAUAGAGAAGAUUCUUUAGGCUGUGUUCUCUAGUCAAUAUACUACCAUCUUGUUUGUCUGAAAAGACGCACAGCUACAUAUACGGCGAAGUUUGAUAUUGUGGCAUCAUGGCUGUGGUUUCUUAUGUCACACAGCUUCAUCGGAAAGCAUUCGAGAUAUGGUUGUUGUAGCUGAGUAAUUUUGCUUUAAGCAAUGUAAAUCUCAGCCCUUAAGAUGUUGAGACUUGAGAUAGCUUAGACAAUGUAUUCGUGUUCUGUGUAUAUCGUGCUAUACUAUUUCUAGUGAUUAAUUAGUUAAAUUGACAGUUCUAUGA